AUGAAGCAUUUCAUGCUGCCAAGAAUCGGUACCUUGCGCGACGGCGGAGAGCCGCACUCGCCGAACCCUAGCAUGUCGAAAUCGAAGCCCCCACGCAAAACUAGAUCCGCCAAAGAAAAUGCUCCACCGUCGGAUCAGAACUCCUUGACCCCCGACCAUAGAUCGUCUCCGGCGACGAAAAUGAAGAGUUCGCUGCCUCCGCGUCCGCCGCCGUCUAAUCCGCUCAAACGGAAGCUCAAUACGGAGGCUGCGACGGAAAAUAUCAUUUCAGACUCUGGCGUCAAGGUUAUAGUUAGAAUGAAGCCUCCAAGCAAAAGUGAGGAAAGUGAUAUGAUUGUACAAAAGAUCUCCAAAGAUUCCCUCAAAAUUAGUGGGCAGACUUUCACAUUCGACUCAAUUGCUGAUCCAGAGUCAACACAGGAACAAAUGUUUCAGUUUGUGGGAGCCCCUCUUGUUGAAAAUUGUCUAUCUGGGUUUAACAGUUCUGUAUUUGCCUAUGGACAGACUGGUAGUGGGAAGACAUAUACCAUGUGGGGUCCUGCAAAUGGAUUGUUGAAAGAGCAUCUCAGCGGUGACCAGAGAGGAUUGACCCCACGUGUCUUUGAACGUUUGUUUGCCCGAAUCAAAGAGGAACAAGUCAAGCAUGCUGAAAGGCAACUCAAUUACCAGUGCCGCUGCUCGUUACUCGAGAUUUACAACGAGCAAAUAACAGACCUACUAGAUCCGAGCCAGAAAAACCUGAUGAUUAGAGAAGAUGUCAAGUCAGGUGUGUAUGUGGAAAAUCUUACUGAGGAAUACGUGAAUAACUUGGGAGACGUUUCACAGCUUCUGAUUAAGGGUUUGGGAAAUAGAAGGACUGGUGCAACGAGUGUGAAUGCAGAGAGUUCGAGGUCACAUUGUGUAUUUACGUGUGUUGUUGAAUCCCGAUGCAAGAAUGCUGCAGAUGGGUUAAGCAGCUUUAAGACAAGCAGAAUAAACCUUGUUGAUCUGGCUGGUUCUGAACGACAAAAAUUAACUGGUGCAGCAGGAGAACGUCUAAAGGAAGCUGGGAAUAUCAAUCGAUCGCUCUCUCAGCUAGGGAACUUAAUAAACAUCCUCGCAGAGAUUUCUCAAACAGGGAAGCCAAGGCAUAUACCUUACAGAGAUUCCAGGUUAACAUUUUUAUUGCAAGAGUCUCUUGGUGGGAAUGCAAAGUUAGCAAUGGUUUGUGCAAUUUCUCCUUCACAAAGUUGCAAGAGUGAAACCUUUAGCACCUUAAGAUUUGCUCAGCGUGCAAAGGCAAUACAGAAUAAGGCUGUUGUCAAUGAAGUGAUGCAGGAUGAUGUUAAAUAUCUGCAUGGAGUGAUACGCGAGUUGAAGGAUGAACUACAAAGGAUGAAGGACGAUGGAAAUAAUCCAACCAACCCAAGUGUAGCUUAUUCCAGUGCAUGGAAUGCACGUAGAAGUUUGAAUAUUUUGAGAAGCUUUGGUCUGGGUCAUCCAAGGUCCUUACCUCAUGAAGACGAUGACGGAGAUAUUGAGAUGGAAAUUGAUGAGGCUGCUGUUGAAAGGCUUUGUGCUCAAGUGGGUUUGCAAUCAUCUCCAGCUUCCGAGGGGAUCAAUCGUGAUAUGAACAGAGACGAAAAACACAGAAAAUCAAAGUGUAAAACACCUGAUGAACAAUUCAAAGAAAAGCGGCCUCCUGACGACACAGAUGUUGCCAUGCAGGAUGCUUGCUGCCAAUCUGAGAACCAUGAACCAGAAACCGGCAUCACAGCAGAUCAGACCAAGACACCCUUGCAAAGUUUGGAUCAUGACUCCAAUUUGCAGCCUCUUUCAGCAAAGGAUGCUAUUUGUUCUCCAACAAACGAGACAGAGGAUGUGCCAUCUUGCCCUCACUUGGUUCUUGAAGACGUUGCUUCUGCAAAUGUAGUGACAGCUGAUGGAUUAAAUGAUCCAGAGAACUUAGUAAAUUCUGCUUCUCCUAGUCUUUGUGUAGAUCCGGUUGGUGCUGCUCCUGUAUUAAAAUCUCCCACGCAGAGCAUCUCUCCUACGAUUAGGAAUAGCAGGAAAAGCCUGAGGACAUCUCAAAUGUCAACAGCAUCUCAGAAGGAUACUGAGCGAGACGAGUUGGUUAUUGAAGCUGCAGAUCCAUGUCUGGCUACAUCCAAAAAGAUAAAUAACUGUUCUAGUGCUUUGUCUACACAGAAGAGCAAAGUUUUUCCUGUACGGACUGAGCGUUUGGCAGCUAGCCUCCACAAAGGAAUUGAAUCUCUUGAGUCGUAUUGUCAGAGUACAGCUCAGAGAAGAUCCACGUUCAGGUUUUCCUUGAAAGCUCCGGAUAGUAAGCCUUCAACCUUUAUUAGUAAGGCUGAUGUAGGUGUGCAGACCUUUCCCGAAGCUGAUGCUAUAUCAGAGGAAAAUACAAAAGAGUUUCUGUGCAGUAAAUGCAAAUCCAGAGAAGAAACCGAUGCCCAGCAAAUGGUUGACAUGCCAGUUCUCCAGUUAGUACCUAUUGAGAACUCGGAAGUGGCAGAAAAAUCCAAGAGCCAAGUUCCCAAAGCAGUGGAAAAGGUCCUCGCAGGAUCUAUCAGGAGGGAAAUGGCUCUAGAAGAGUUCUGCUCAAAACAAGCCUCUGAGAUAAAUCAACUUAACCGACUGGUACAACAAUACAAACACGAGAGAGAGUGCAAUGCCAUCAUAGGACAAACAAGGGAGGACAAAAUUAUUCGCCUUGAAAGUCUUAUGGACGGUGUAUUGACUAAGGAGGACUUCCUAGAUGAAGACUUUGCAGCUCUCCUGCAUGAACAUAAGCUUCUAAAGGAUAUGUAUCAGAAUCAUCCUGAAGUUCUGCAGACGAAGAUUGAGUUGGAAAGAGCGGAAGAAGAGGUUGAGAGCUUCAGGAACUUUUAUGGCGACAUGGGAGAAAGAGAAGUGUUAUUGGAAGAGAUUCAGGAUUUGAAGACGCAGCUACAAUGUUACAUUGACCCUUCGCUUACAUCAGCUCGGAAAACAUGUUCCCUGCUUAAGCUUACACACCAAGCUCCCCCAGUUAGCGCUAUUCCCGAAUCACAGAACGAGAGUCUUGAGAAGGCAUUGGAACAGGAAAGACUCCGUUGGACCGAGGCAGAGACCAAAUGGAUUUCUCUCGCAGAGGAACUAAGGUCAGAGCUUGAAGCCAGUAAGGUGGUGAUGAACAAGCAGAAACACGAACUCGAAAUCGAGAAAAGAUGUGGGGAAGAGUUGAAAGAAGCGAUGCAGAUGGCUAUGCAAGGGCACGCACGGAUGCUUGAACAGUAUGCAGACUUGGAAGAGAAGCAUAUGCAGUUGCUUGCACGGCACAGAAGGAUUCAAGAAGGAAUAGAUGACGUGAAAAAAGCAGCUGCGAGAGCCGGAGUCAGAGGAGCAGAAUCCAGAUUCAUUAAUUCACUUGCAGCAGAGAUCUCAGCCUUGAAGGUAGAAAAGGAGAAAGAGAGACAAUACUUGAGAGAUGAGAACAAAAGUCUCCAGACUCAACUCAGAGACACAGCUGAAGCCGUACAAGCAGCUGGAGAGUUACUUGUUCGGCUUAAAGAAGCCGAAGAAGGUUUAACAGUUGCACAGAAACGAGCGAUGGAUGCAGAGUAUGAAGCUGCAGAAGCAUAUAGAAAGAUUGACAAGCUGAAGAGGAAACAUGAAAACGAAAUCAACACGCUUAACCAACUCGCACCACAAUCUCCUAUUCAAAAGGAAAGCUCUACCACCAAAUGCGAUGAUAAUGCCAUGGAACCAUCUGGAGAUGCGAGUGAGCAGCAAUGGAGGGAUGAGUUUGAGCCGCUUUACAAGGAAGGAAAUGAGUUUUCAAAGCUUGCUGAACCUUCUUGGUUCUCUGGUUACGAUCGAUGCAACAUAUAA